AUGUUUAGCAAGGCUAUCGCUCUGUUGGCACUCACAGCUCUCGCAGAAGCUUNNUCUGGCAAGUGUCCUGCCAUCUGGUCGACCAUCGCUUCAGAUCUUUCGCAGUCCUUCAUCGGUCCCAAUGGUUGUACCGACCUUGCAAGAGGUGCCAUCCGCUUUGCUUUCCAUGACGCUGGAUCAUACUCCUCAAAGACACCAGCGUAUGCCCCCGCGACUGGUGGUGCCGAUGGAUCUCUUCUCUUGAGCUCUGUAGAAAUCUCAAGAGACGAGAAUGCUGGCCUUCAACAGUAUUACAGCUUUCUGCAUGGCAAAUACGACCAGUACAAGCCUCGGGUCGGUGCUGCGGACCUGGUCCAGUUCGCUGCCAGUGUGGCAGUUGUUAGCUGUCCUGGAGGACCGAGAAUCCAGACUGUAUGCCGAACAAGCCUUCCAAAUAUGAACUCGACUAAGGCAAUCUAUAGGNUCGUCGGUCGCAAGGAUACCAGUACCCCAGCACCUGAUAACCUCUUGCCGAAAGCCUUCGGACCAGGCUCUGCUCAGCAAGUACUGAUACAGCUCUUUGAAGACAAAGGCAUCAGUCAGCCUGAGCUUGCUGCUUUGAUUGGUGCGCACACUGCAUCCAAGGCAACUGCCCAGGAGCAAUACGGUGUUCCUUAUAAUGGACCUCAAGACUCUACACCAGGCCAGUGGGAUGUGGCAUACUAUUCUCAGACAGACAGCCACCCGAGAGGCGUCUACAGUUUUGAGUCCGACGUCAACUUGUCUAACCCCAACUCAACUGUUGGUCAGGUAUUCCAGAGUUUCGUCAACAGUCAGAGUACGUUUACUAUCACCUUCGAACCAAGCCUUUUCAAGUCUAACAACAUAAACAGGCNNAAGUGGAAUGCAGCUUUCGCGCCCGCAAUGGCUCACCUUAGCGUCCUCGGCAUCUUUCAACUAGACCAAGCCAACUUCAUUGAUUGCACGAGCGCGGUGCCAUCGGGAUCCAAUGCAAGACUCAUUCGCGCAGCUCCUAUCAACGACAGGAUCAGAUGA